CUGGUAGGAAGUUUGGCUGAGACAAGUCAGGAUUUGGACGAGUUUAUCGAUGCUCUGCAAGCGAAGAAGUCAGCGAAGAAGUCAGCGAAGAAGUCAGCGAAGAAGUCAGCGAAGAAGCCUCUCAGUGCGCAAAAACAAAAAGCCAUAGUGAAGCCUGCCAGUGUUGAACAACAGAAGGGUGAGGAGAAGAAGCCUUCCCUCUUUCAGCGCAUCGCCAAUAGAUUCAACUGA